AUGGACAGUUUAUGGGAUGUUUUGGUAGUGACAGCCAUUACUAUUAUUCUCUAUAGGAACUGCUUUAGACUUCUCAGAUCAAAAUUCUGCAACCAACUUCCUUUGGGCUCUCUUGGCUGGCCUUUCAUUGGUGAGACUAUUGAGUUCAUCUCCUGCGCUUAUUCGGACCGUCCCGAGACCUUCAUGGACAAGCGUCGUCGCCUGUACGGGAAGGUGUUCAAGUCACAUAUUUUCGGAAGUCCUACCAUUGUCUCUACUGAUGCAGAAGUCAGUAAGUUCAUUCUGCAGAGUGAUGCCAAGGCCUUUGUACCGUCUUAUCCGAAAUCUUUGACAGAAUUGAUGGGGAAGUCUUCUAUUUUGCUGAUAAAUGGGAGCUUGCAGAAGAGAAUUCAUGGUCUUGUGGGAGCUUUCUUCAAGUCUUCACAUCUCAAAGCUCAAAUAACCAAGGAUAUGGAGUGUUAUGUCAAACUAUCGAUGGCAAGCUGGACUGAGAACAAUCCUAUUUACCUUCAAGAUGAAACCAAAAAUAUUUCCUUUCAAGUAUUGGUAAAGAUAUUGAUUAGUUUAAAUCCUGGUCAAAGUAUGGAGUUUCUCAAGAAACAGUUUCAAGAGUUUAUAGCUGGGCUUAUGGCUUUGCCAGUGAACAUACCUGGAAGCAGGCUUUACCAAUCCUUGCAGGCCAAAAGGAAUAUGGUCAAACUAGUAAAGAAGAUAAUACAAGAGAGGAAAAGCUGUGGAAUUUCCACUGUCCCAAAAGAUGUCAUGGAAGUUUUGCUCAAAGAUGAAAAUGAAGAACUGACAGAUGAUCUAAUAGCAGAGAACAUGAUUGAUAUGAUGAUUCCCGGAGAAGAUUCAGUGCCAAUCUUAAUGACUCUUGCAGUAAAAUACCUCUCUGAUUGCCCUGCCGCACUUCAACAGUUGACGGAGGAAAACUUAAAGAUGAAAGGACAGAAAGAGCAGCUCGGUGAGGCAUUGCAUUGGAGCGAUUACUUAUCGAUGCCAUUUACGCAGAGUGUGAUCACUGAAACUCUAAGGAUGGGAAACAUUAUAAUUGGAGUGAUGCGUAAGGCCAUGAAAGACAUGAAGAUAAAAGGAUACCUAAUACUUAAGGGUUGGUCAGUUCUUACAUACUUCAGAUCUGUUCAUCUCGAUGACAAUCACUAUGACUGCCCUUACAAGUUCAAUCCAUGGAGGUGGCAAGAAAGAGAGUUGAGUAGUUGUAACUUCACUCCUUUUGGAGGUGGACAAAGACUAUGCCCUGGACUUGACUUAGCCAGGCUUGAAGCUUCCAUCUUCCUUCACCACUUUGUCACUCACUUCAGAUGGAUUGCCGAAGAAGAUAAAAUCAUAAACUUCCCCACAGUGAGGAUGAAAAAGAGGAUGCCAGUUUGGGUGAAGAGAAGAAGGGACCCAUGACAAUGACAAGAAAUCAAGCUUCCCUUUUUGCCAAAACGAAAAGCACAACUUCAAUUAACUUCACCAAUAGUUUACACAACAACAACCAAACUCACCUUUGGAACAAGUAGGGAAAGAAGAGUCUCACCUCUAACAAAGGGACUGUGGGUAAAAAGAUGACAGUUCAGUUCACAUAUGACACUUAUUCUAUCCUCUCAUAUGCCUAUUUCAACCCAUAAAAAUCCAUUUCUCACUUAUUGUAUAUGAUAUCUGUGUGUGUAUGGUGUAUCUAUUUGAAUUAAUAGCAAUAAGUCUCGACAAGUAAUGUAUAAUAUAGUCAUCAUCAUCUAUUGUUUCGAUCCUUAUAAAUACUUUUGUGACACAUUGCAGCAAUAGCGAU